AUGACCGAGACGCGUCGCCUUCAACUUCAUCUCGGAAAAUGCAUCGAAGAUUUAGACAAAUUAUACAAUGUCCCAGACUUAAAAACAAAAAGGGCUACGUUGUUAUGCAAAACUGCACAAAAACUGUUUGAGAAAGCUGAGGAGGAAAGGGACAGAGGCGAUGAGGAAAAUUCGUACGUUUAUUACAUGAAAUACCUCCGAGUUGUAGCAUUCAUCAGCAAGGAUAAGGAAUAUUUGAAGGACAAAACUUACUUUAAUAAUAUGCUUGGUGCUAAAAAUCCAAACAAAGCCAUUGAUGCUGCUGAAAAACUAAAGAAUAGCUUAAUCGAUAGGUAUGAGAAAGAACAGAAAGAAAAGCGGCUGCAUGAUAUAAAAGAGAAUGAGCUGAUUAAACAGAAGAUAGAUGAAAACAGAAAGAAAGCUCUUGAAUCUAUUCCUGUCUAUGAACAACCACAACCUUUGGGACUGCCUGGGCUAGAUGAAGUGACAAUAAAAAGUGAGCAAUUGUAUUCUAUCCUGAAGAGUGGAAAAUUGAAAGUCAUGAUCCUUGAUGCACGUCCGGGUGAUGAUUACCUAGAAUCCCACAUAAAUUAUCCUGCGUGCAUUAGCAUACCUAAAGAGUGUAUGUCACCUGGGCAAUCAGCUAAUGCUCUGGAGCAGAAUCUUCCAGCAGCUUCAAAAUUAGUAUGGGGAGAGCGUGCCACUAUGGAACUGAUUGUUAUGCUGGAUUGGAACAGCACGGCUGUCAUACCAGGCGAAACCCUUCACUUGCUGAAGACUAUUCUCCUAAAGUGGGAUGUGAAAGUUCAUUAUGCCCGUCCACCGUUAGCACUAUACGGUGGCUAUGAAGAUUGGCUCUUGAAGUAUCCAGCGUUCACCACUAACCCACACGCUGUUCCGCCCAGUCAAGACAGCAUGCUGGAUGAUAUGUUGGGCGAGAUCGACUAUCCGAACUGGUCGGACCUGAACCCGUCCCCCCCGCCGGUGCAGACAACGCCGCCUCGACCCGCCAAGCCCGGGGAACCCGUAAUUGACCGCAGCAGUAAGGUGGCAGCUGUUCAGUUAUACGAAGAGCGCGCUCGCAACAUGCAGCUCAUUCUAGAGGAGCAGGAACGCAUCGCCGACACCUCUCUCACUCUAGAAAUGCAGAGGAUCGAAGCUGAACAGGACUGGGAGAAGGUGCGCGAGCAGCGCGAGCAGGAGCCGCGCGACGAGCUACGCGCGCAGUACCGCCUGCGCGAGCACGAGAUCUUGUCGCAGCUCAUGCAGCUGGAGAACAAACAGUUCGACAUGGAACAAGAAAACCAAAGCCUUAGAGAGCAAUUAGAAGAAUAUCAGAAAAGGGAGCGGGAAGAAGCGGAAAAACUUGUAGAAGCGCUUCGAAAGGCUACGGAUGCUGACACACAAGCGGUGGAGGCUGCGGCGCGGCGAUCUGCUGUUGAGGCUGCGGCGCGAGAGCUGGCGGCGAGACGUGCGCGCAUCGCAGACGUGCGCGCGCAGCACCGCCAGCUCGACCGCCGCCGCGAGGCGCUUGAGCAGCAGCGCAAGCGCAAGCUGGCCGACGCGCGCCGAGCCGCCAAGCCGCAGGUACAUACGCAGCACUGUCAGCUCGACCGCCGCCGUGAAGCGCUCGAGCAGCAGCGCAAGUGCAAGCUGGCUGACGCGCGCCGAGCCGCCAAGCCGCAGGAUGACGAUGGCGACACAUUCAUGGAGCCUGUGGAAGACAGUUCCGAAAAUCAGGGUCUUAACCGGUCCCAGUCUUCGCCUAACAUUGCAAAGGGAUGGGGCGAAGAGGAGGUACCGACUUUCGACCGCGGCACCAAACCCUCCAAGCUGGCGCCAGUCAACGACGAACCCCAGCGCGACUUCCAGCCCGUCUGGGGAGAUGUGGGCCGAGGCCUGACUGGGCUAAAGAACCUUGGGAACACGUGCUACAUGAACUCCAUAAUCCAGUGUCUCAACAACACAGCCAUACUUGUCACCUACUUCUGCAACAAGCAGUACUUAGAACAUGUGAACAGGUCACACAGUACGCGUGGCGCCAUUGCCGAGGAACUGGCUGCUGUAGUGCGCGCGCUGUGGUCCGGCCAGUAUCGCUUCAUCGCCAUCAAGGAUCUACGGAACGAGGUGGGCAAACAUCAGCGUGCGUUCCGCGGCAACGAACAGCAGGACUCGCACGAGUUCCUCACUAUCCUCAUGGACUGGCUGCAUCUCGACCUGCAGUUCUCCAUCAAGCCGCCCCAAAAGGAGAGCCUGGGCGCAGCCGAGCGAGCGUGGCACGAGUACACGCGCUGCAAGGAGAGCCUGGUGCUGCGGCUGUUCUACGGGCAGAUGCGCUCCACCGUGCGCUGCGUGCGCUGCGGCGAGCGCAGCGCCACCUACGACUCGUUCUCCAACCUGUCGCUCGAGCUGCCCGCCGCCGCCGCGCGCUGCACGCUGCAGGACUGCCUAAACCUUUACCUCAACGGCGAAACGAUACCAGGCUGGAACUGUCCAAAAUGCAAGGAGAAGAGAGACGCUGUCAAGAAGCUCGACAUUUCCCGUCUCCCGCCGGUCCUCGUGAUCCACUUCAAGCGAUUCUACGUCGACCCCAAAGAGUACAUGAGCAAUACGUACAGGAAAAAGCAGACGUACAUCGACUUCCCUCUGGAGAACUUGGACAUGAGCCAGUUCUCACUACACUGCCCCGGGAACCCCAUGUACAACCUGUACGCCGUGUCCAACCACUACGGAUCAAUGGAGGGCGGACAUUACACCGCGUACUGCAAAAGUAGUGUUUAUGGCAAGUGGUACAAAUACGACGACCACGUAGUUACCGAGAUCCCGGCGACGGAAGUUAAAUCGAGCGCCGCAUACAUCUUGUUCUACACGUCGUGCGGCCGCUCUUGA